AUUAAAUGAAGAAAUGGGACCAAAAAAAAAGAAGGACAUGUGAAAGUUGAAGUACCCGUCUUGUGUGAUGCAGGACAAGAAGGACGAGAUGCGAUACUUAGGGAAACUCCCUGAUCUGACAGAAUAAAUACAGGCAUGUUUGCCACCGUUUGACAGUUUCACAGCCUCACACCGAUACAACAGCUGAUACAGACGGCAGAUCUUCACCCAUUUCAACAAUGAAGUCAGCAGCUCUCAUCUCUCUUCUUGCCGUCAUGCUCUUUGUAGUUGUGAGAGGGCAACGGGAUACUCAGGGCAGAUGCCGGUGCCAGGAUGGAGGGACCGACGUCAUUCUUCCAAAGCGAAUCCAGCGGCUAGAGGUGUUCCGCCCUUCCCCCUCAUGCCCCAACGUGGAAAUCAUUGUCACUCUCAAGGAGAACAGAGGACAAAAGUGCCUGAAUCCAGAAAGCAAAUUUGCCAGGAAUUACAUCAAGAGCGCCGUCAAAAAGAGGAGUACAAAAUAAAAUGCAUUUUACAAGUCCACUGAUCUCUCUCCGAGGUCAGACAAAAGACAGCUAUUACUUUAUCCACAUCAAGAACAUAUCAGCAAGAAUACCAGUUGUUUAACAUGGAUGUUAUUUUAGAGUCUUUUUAUAUUUGAAAAUGAAAUGAAAUGUAAUAUACCUUUUUUUGGGUUUGUUCCUGUCAAAUUGUUAUGUGAAAUGUAUUGUUUACAUGUGAUGUUCAUGAAGAUAUUUAUACUGAAU